AUGCCUAGGAGAAUUGACUUUAAAAUAAAAACAGUAGAGUUGAGAGGAAAAAAAAUUAAAUUACAAAUUUGGGAUACAGCUGGCCAAGAACGUUUUCACACGAUAACCACAAGUUAUUACCGAGGAGCCAUGGGAAUAAUGUUGGUUUAUGACAUAACAAACGAGAAAAGCUUUGAGAAUAUAGUCAAGUGGUUAAGAAACAUUGAUGAACAUGCAAAUGAAGAUGUUGAAAGAAUGAUUCUUGGAAAUAAAUGUGAUAUGACUGAUAAGAGAAUUGUCAGUAAGGAACGAGGAGAGGCGAUUGCUCGAGAAUAUGGAAUACGUUUCAUGGAAACAUCCGCUAAAGCCAACAUCAACAUUGAGAAAGCAUUUUGCGAGUUAGCCGAAGCAAUUCUUGAUCAAACUUCGGGCAAGGAAAAUAAUCCCGAUAAUCAGUCCAUUGUGGUUGAUCGAAAAGCACAAGAAAAGUAUCCUGCAUACAAAGGAUGUUGUUCUUAAACUCAUAAAUCUACGUCAUACACGCUUCUUUGUCACUUCAUCAAUGUCAAAAGAUGUUUUGUUUAAAAAUAAUAUUUUCCUUAUUUAUUUUUAAUUAUUUACUUAAUCUUUUUACUACCAGAUUCCUUUAGAUAACAAUAAAUCAAUGUAGCUAAUUUAACGUGUUGUUAUUUGAUUUUAAUUUAAAAGUAAUGAUUCGAAAUAAAAAUUUUCCUAAUGAAAUUUUUU